UCAGUUAUGUUGUUUCUCCGCUCCCUGUUUUUUAUUUUUCGCUUCAAUAAAACCCCCCACAAGAAACAUAAAAAGAUAAACAAAAAGAAUUAAUCAAGUUUGAUCGGGUUUCUGUUCAACUGUUUAUCCAUGGAAGCGAAGAUGAAGAUUGGCAAGUUCUUCGAAUCGGUUAGCUCCUUCUUUGGUGGUGGUGACCAGAUCCCUUGGUGCGACCGUGAUGUCAUCCUCGGUUGUGAGAGAGAAGUUGCAGAGGCCGCAUGUGGUUCAGAUGAACUUAAGAGAGAAAGCAUUAUGCGGUUGUCUUGGGCACUUGUUCACUCUAGACAAGCAGAAGACAUACAGCGUGGGAUAGCUAUGCUUGAAGCAUCUUUAGCAAGUAAUAUUCCCCCUUUGCAACUCAGGGAAAAGCUUUAUCUUCUGGCUGUUGGAUAUUACAGAAGUGGUGAAUAUUCAAGGAGCCGCCAUCUUCUGGAGCAAUGCUUAGAGAUUGCACCUGAUUGGAGGCAGGCUCUUGUCCUUAAGAAGACAAUCGAAGAUCGAAUUGCUAAAGAUGGUGUAAUUGGAAUUGGCAUCACCGCCACUGCAGUUGGUCUUAUAGUUGGUGGGGUUGCGGCAGCCAUGGCUCGCAAAAAAUGAAAACCUGACAACAUACACAAUAAUGGAAUGCAUCUUUCAUUCGUUCUAUCCUGGAUGUUUUCAACAUUUUCUUGAGAAUCUGUUUUUGAAUCUUUGUAGACAGUAAACCCCUUUUUAGACAGUAAAGGGUAUUGUAAAUUUGUUUGUUGGUAUACUAAAGCCUUUGUUUGUUUUUUGUUAAAUCCUUUUGGACACUUAAAUGCACAUCAAGAAAGGUAGCAUGAUUGAAGGGUAUUGUGAAUUUGUGUAAAUCCCUUUUUUUCUCUUGGGUGUGAGCUCCAGCUGAGUCUCUUCUAUUUGCUAUUACAGUUACAUAUUCUGGUAA